AUGAGCAUGAUGAGGGAAUUAAACUUCUUCCUUGGUCUUCAAGUAAAGCAGUCCCCAAAGGGUACUUCCAUUUGUCAACAAAAAUACAUUAGGGACCUCUUAAAGAGGUUUGACAUGGAAGCAUCAAAAGUGAUAGACAGCCCCAUUGCAACUGACACUCGACUGGACAUGGAUGAAACUGGAUCUCCUGUGAAUCAAACAAUGUAUAGAGGCAUCAUUGGGUCUCUCCUCUAUCUCACUUCUAGUCGACAUGAUAUUGUCUUCAGUGUGGGGCUGUGUGCGAGGUUUCAACCAAAUCCCAAGGAAUCUCACUUAAAGGAUGCCAAAAGAAUACUGAGAUAUCUCAAAGGCACGCAGGACCUGGUGCUAUAUUAUCCAUCAGGUGACAGUUUUAAUCUGAUUGGGUAUGCUGACACAGACUAUGCAAGUCAUCUUAUGGAUAGAAAAAGCACUUCUAGGAUGGCUCACUUCUUAGGAUCAUGUAUUAUCUCUUGGGGGACAAGGAAACAAAAUUUAGUGGCUCUUUCAACAGCUGAAGCUGAAUAUGUAGCUGCAGCAUCCUGCUGUGCUUAG